AUGCAAACGAUGCCCGAUGACCCCUUUUCACUAUCCACUUCCAUCGUAGGAAUUGCCAUAGAGCAAAACACAAACCCUAACCCUAAUCCCCUUCCUGCUGCCACUAAGAAGAAAAGAAAUCUACCAGGAACACCAGAUCCAGAUGCUGAGGUCAUUGCUCUUUCUCCAAAGACUCUCAUGGCGACGAACCGUUUCAUCUGUGAAAUAUGCAACAAAGGCUUCCAAAGGGACCAGAACCUUCAGCUUCACAGAAGGGGUCACAACCUUCCAUGGAAGCUACGACAAAGGUCCAACAAAGAGGUUCGAAAGAAGGUAUAUAUAUGUCCAGAGAAGACGUGCGUCCACCAUGACGCUGCAAGGGCACUCGGCGACCUCACCGGAAUAAAGAAGCAUUACAGCAGAAAGCACGGUGAGAAGAAGUGGAAGUGUGAAAAGUGCUCCAAGAAAUACGCAGUUCAAUCUGAUUGGAAAGCUCACACCAAAACUUGUGGCACUAGAGAAUAUAAGUGUGAUUGUGGUACCCUCUUCUCCAGGAAGGACAGCUUUAUAACUCACAGGGCUUUCUGCGAUGCUUUAGCUGAAGAGAGUGCGAGACUCACGUCAGUUACUACGACAAAUAUAAAUUUUAAGAACGAAGAUGGAACCGUGAUGAAUGCACAGCAUGGUUUGUCAUCACGUGGAUUAAUCACUGGCCUUGGAAUGCAAAAUGUUCCACAAUUUGGUCCACACGGGUUUCGUAUAAUGGGCAUGAGUGCAGGUCAACAAAGGCCAAACUUGUCACUAUGGUUGAACCAAGGAAAUCCUCAACCACUUGAUGUGUCACUAUCAUCAUCAUGUUCUUCAGGUUUUCCUGAUGUUGUGCAAAUGGCACAAGCUAACAAUGCCUUAGUUGGUUCUUCUUCAAUAUUCUCCAAUUUUGGAAUGCAUGCUUCCAAUUCUUCUAAUCCAAACCUUUCCUUGUCGCCACUAACGAAAAAGGGUGAAGGUGGAGCUUUAGAUUUGGCAUCUAUGUAUUCUGAGAGUCAAAGCAAUACUUCAAAUUCAACUUCACCAAUGUCAGCCACUGCCCUUUUGCAGAAGGCAGCACAAAUGGGAUCCACCAGAAGCAGCACCAACCCUUCGAUUUUCAGUAGUAGUUUUGGAGUAAUGAGCUCAUCCUCCACCCAAACAACUAGUCUCAAUAGCAAUGCAAAACAAAGCUGUGAUGAACUUAACCAAGCCUUUCAGAAUAUGAAGCAACAUGAGAAUAACUUCAAUGCAAUAAGCAAUGCAACUAUGCUGGGUAGUUGUACUAACUUUAACUCAUUGACGCAUUCAUCAAACGGUCUUGAUCAGUUCCUGAUGCAAACCACCAAUGUGGAACCAAGUGAGGCUAUGAAGUUGAAACUCCACCAUGGUUCAAACAUCGUGGAACAUAACUUGACAAGAGAUUUUCUUGGCAUGGAUGUAGGUGGACAUGCAUUCCUACCCCAAGAGCUUGCAAAGUUUGCUUCAUUAGGCUCUUCAAUGGGUUUGAACCAAUUCACUCAUCAAUGAAGUCCUUUCAAAGUAUAACUGUUUUGAAAAUUUGUAAAAUAAGAUCAAAUUAUUAGGAUGGAGUUUUCUUGGUGCAUCUCUUCUCUUCAGAGAUGAUUUUUUGCGUUGUGAGAGGUUGGGAGAAUAGUGGGACCCACUGCAUGUUUGAGAUGAAAGAAGGAACAGCGAAUUCCCCGAGCAGUGCAUGUUCUCGUAGUAGUAGUUGUUGUUGGUUUGUCUUCUGUCUUCACCUUGUUAUCGUUUGGCUUCUCAUCCUUGAGACAAGUGAAAGAAGAUAUAAAGUAUAACAAAAGCAACUCGAAAAAAAUUAUGAGAACAU